AAUAAAUCUAAUGUGGUCUUCAAUGGGCUGCAAAGAUAACAGUUAUCUAACGAAAAAGUGAUGCUGGUAUGGUAAUUUUUAACGAUAAGAUACAAUAUAUAGAAAUAUCCGUCCAUCCUGGAACUUACCAAUCAGUCGACGGAGUCGUUUUGAAGAGGAAGAUUCUUCUUCACAGAGCAAAAUGGAUUUCAAGUCCACGUUCAUACUAUCUUUACUUUUUGUGGCAUACGCCCGAGCCCAACUCGUUUGCUACCACUGUGAAAACUGCAACCGGGACGCUGCCGUAAUCCAGCCAUGUGGUUUUGACGACCCCAUCCUGACCCCACCCAACUUCACCACCCUACCCGGAGGAGAUUUUAACGACCCGAAUUCCCCCAUCCUAACGGCGCCGACGUUCCCUGGAAAUGGCGGAGGUAACGGCGACGCAGGCAAUCCGGGCGACCCAAUUCUGACACCGCCGACCUACCCGGGAGACAACAACAACAACAACGGAGGUGGAGCCGGAACGGCCAAUCCUAUGGAUCCGAUUUUGACGCCACCGUCCCUGCCGGGAGAUACCGGUAACAUCGGAGGAGGUGGCGGUGGUGGAAAUCCACUCGAGCCAAUUCUAACCCCUCCACCUGCGUGGGGAGUUCGUGGCGAACAAUCGGGUCAAUACGUUUGUCUGAUGGCCAAAUCCAUUGUGAACAACGAGGAGGUGGUGCGUCGUGGAUGUGCCCGCAUGGGACGAUCCAGCAGUGAGGCAUGUGACACAAUCAGCGAUGGCAAAUACAAGCAGUGUUCGGUUUGCGUGACUCAUCUUUGCAAUACUGAGUCGUAAAUUUGGCAUCGCUGCUUUAGGAACUGAACGCUGUUAUCUAUUUCUUGGUGUACUGGUGCAGUGGUAAAAAGUAUACACAUUUGAAUAAAGCAAUGUUAAAAAAUAAAUAAUAACAA